UCGCUCAGAGACACACAGGGAUUGGCGGGGGCUCCUGGUGCUUCUAUCGUCCUUGAUCUACGGCUUAUUCUUGCUGCGGCUGGAGGAGAAGAGCACACACGCUUUGGCACGCCGCCAAACAAACAAGGCAGUCGCAACGGCCAGCGAACAGACGUUCCCUAUGACCGCCGAGAGUGAGAGAGUGGCGGACAUGCUCAUGUCCCCUCCUUCGUCGAUAGACGCAACGGCGGUCGGGGCGGACGGAGAGAGAGGCGACGGGCAGGGGGCGCCUCGGGUCGAGCUCGCGUACGAACCCCGCUAUCAGAGGUUCAUCGUGAAGAAGAAGAGCUUCACCCAGCAGUUUAGCCACGUCUACAACAAGCGCCUGCUGGCGCUCAAGGGCGCCGUUCGCCAGGCGGCGGAUAAGCGGUGGGGCAAGGAGGGGGAGGGCGGUGGGGUGAAGUUCGUCGAUCGGCUGGUGAACAUGCGGGAAGGGGACGAGUGGGUGGUCAUCGGGACGACGUACAAGGCGAUGAAGCUCCGGCCAAGCAUCCUCAACGAGUUCCGCGAGGAUAGGGGCAUCUCGAUGGCUGUAGUGGCGCCAGUGGGAAGCUUCACGAGCGAAGAUGACAGUCUCGUGCUGGAAGACGAGAGCGGACGGAUUUCCAUAUCGGGCCCGGGAAUCCAGUCCAGCUCCCUCGUUUCUGGCCUGGUGAUCGCCGUCAAGGGAACGGUCACGGCGUCGGGAGAAAUGUUGGUCGAUGACUGGUGCCCUGCCGGGAUUCCUCCGCCCGUCCCCCUCUCCCCUUCGAAGAAGCCGUCUGGGUUCGUGCUGUUGGUAUCGGGGCUGCAGGUCGGGGGAAGGCACGACCCGCUGCUGGUGUCGCUGCUGGUGGACUUUGUCGCGGGGUACCUGGGGGGGGUGGAGGACCAAGAGGGAACCAGUGCAAGGAUUGGGCGGGUGAUCGUGUGCGGCGACAGCGUGGCGGCACCCUCGGCGGAGUUGCUUAGCGGAACCGGGCCGUCGAAACGCCUGAACGCGGAGCAGCAGCGGCUAGUGGCGUCGCCCAUGAAGGAGCUGGACACAAUCCUCGCCUUGCUCGCGGCGGCCGCUCCUGUUGACGUCAUGCCUGGUGAGAGCGAUCCCGCCAACUACACCCUGCCGCAGCAGCCUUUGCACCCGUGUCUGCUGAGGAACUCUAGUCGCUUCGGCGCACUUAAGGUGCGUGCGGCAGCAGCAGGAUGCGAGGACUACGGUAGAGUAUUCCUGGGCAGCUCCGGCCAGCCGCUGCUCGACAUGGCGAGAUACACCAUGCCAGACGCCGAGGCCGACAAAGACGCGAAGCCCGCGUGCCUCCGACGUUUAGAGGAGAUGCUCAAGUGGAGGCACAUGGCACCGACAGCGCCGGAGACGCUGGGCUGCUAUCCGUUCGUAACGGAGGACCCCUUUGUCGUCGAGGAAUGCCCGGACUUUUUUUUCGCGGGAAACCAGCCGCAGUUUGCUACCGGCAUACUGGAGGGGGCCGAUGGACAGAAGACGAGGAUGGUCUGCGUACCAGCGUUCGCAUCGACGGGGCAGGCGGCGUUGAUGAAUCUCGAGUCGCUGGAGUGCACCCCGCUCAAUUUUUCCAGCACCGUGGGAGGAGGGGUUGAUGCGAAUGGCGGGGGCGAAAAGACCACGGCCCCGGCAGGCGACAACGCCUACUCUGCCAUGGAAGUGGAGGCCGCCGCUGCUGAUUAAGUAGCCGUCCGGUUGAGCGCGGGGAGUUCAGUGCUAAUGAUAAGGAACGUACCGUGUGCUUCGAAUAGAUAGCUGGUCGUGUCCCUAGCUCGCCGGCUGUAGAAGUCGCGACCCAGCAGUAUGACACAAACUGAUCUACGCAGGGCAUCGAGUAAAUUUAUGAGUGAAAGAGGCGGUGCUUUUGAAAGGAGCGUGUGGUGUUGCUCCAGCGAAUCUGUGGCUUCAGCACGCGGGACGGCGGUAACUUCGGGGGACAGGGUGCCUCGGCGCGUCGACCUCAAACCACAGUAGUUGUCAUCCUGGGUGGCGCGCGUUUUCAUCGCACGAAGGAAUAUGUUGGGCGGGUCGACUCGAAUGGUUCAGGGCCGUGUGCUGUGUGCAAUGCGACCGGAAAUGGUUACGCCAUGCGUAGCAGCGAGAUGUUCUAGAACUUGCGGCGUAGGAGCAGGAGCAGGCAAGACCUCGAAUGCGUUCACUCGCGCUCGGAAGAACGUUUUGGGGAGGUUGUAGUGACGCGAGCGGCUUUCGAUCUUUACGCUUAGGGUUGGACAUGUCCGUUCGUAUGAUAAAUGGUCUGCGAUGGGAGAGAUGAUGUCGUGAAAUUUGGCAGUCGCUGGCAGGUGCCACUAUGGCUGGGUUGCUGGUUUUUGGCAAAAGUCGUCCUUGUAGCAGACUGCCGUGUAAGCUUCUAUAGUAUAUGACCUACGCACUCUCAGGCCCAGAAGGAGUACUGGCACUUUUUUCCCGGAGCAAAAUUC